AUGCAGCGUCUAGUUGUGUUCAAGGAGCCCGAUGAGUUCGAGCAACUGAAACGCUUGUUUUACGGAACUUACGCGGACCAGAAACGAGCCCUAGCCUUGACCAAAGCCUACCAGGUACGGGGGCACUUGCCGGCGUCGAUCCACUUGACCUGUUUGGUUGUAUCUGCUCUUCACAAUGACGUGCCCCAGAAUGACUUGUACGCCAUUCGACAGACCUACGCGAUGGCAAUUAUUCGAUUAGUUAACGAAAUUCUUGAUUCUGCACAGGUCGGCAGGAUUGCAGCUCCUCUGCAUGCUCUGGCCAGGGAGCUCAAACUGCCGUCGUCGUUUGUUGAAUUGCGACACGCAGCUACCCAUGAGGAUCUUCCGACUAUUUAUUUGCUGCGAGACAUGGCUCGGCGCGCUCUCGACUGGCUUUACGACGCGUAUUGGGCCAAAAACCGCCCGAAACGGCUUUCCGCGGAGCCUGAGCGGGUUGAGCCUUCUCCCCUGACGGCUGAUGAAAUAAAGAAUUGCUUCCGCAGCUGGCGCCGCAUACGAAGGGCCGAUAUUAAUGCACCGUUAGACGGCUCAGCUACAAAAUUGGUCGAAGCCCUAGCCGGUGCAGAUGUCGCAUCAAUCGUUGACGUCGCUUUGAAGCGGAACAUCGUAGUGCCCUCGGGCACGUCCACUGCCUCUGUGAUCCCUCUGUGGGGUCCCCUUUUUGUCAAACUUGGUUCGCCCGUAGUUGAGAGUUUAUUCAAAAGCCUUGUAGCGGCUCGCAACGAAGCAGAUUGGCCAUCGUUCGAGACGUCGGAUCUGCACAAGUCUUUUGAUCUCUGGCUUGACUAUCUUCUUCCUUACGCCCUAGAUGCUGAAUCGCUGUUAACAAGCCAUCCUCGACCUUGGAACGCCCUGCUGCUGGCCAAACUCGCCAAUGCAGAGGCUUCCCCGGACGUCUACCAGAUGGCCCAAGAGAUGGCUGCAGUCACCGGCGCCAGCCUGCCUCCUUAUGAGCCAGCCGCAGUGCCGACCUCAAAUCCAACAGGACCGUGGAAGCGCGUCCAAAAUUGGUCGCCUAGACCUCUAGGUGUAAAAUAA